AUGAAGGCUGGUCCAAAUACGCGCUGCCUGGCUGGCAAGAUCGGCUCCCUCAAGAGCCUUGCCCUCAAGCUGGUAGUGUUGAACAAAAAGGCGAAGAAAGAGGUGGGCGACUAUGGCACUUUAUCGGUUCGUCCAGGAUAAUUGAAAUUACAUUGCAUUAAUCCCGAUUUGUUUGAAAUGACAUCGUGGACAUCGUCGGCAACGGCAACAAAACUGUCCGGUCGGGGGAUAUCAGAUAUUUAUGAGUAUUUUCAACCACAACAAGCAUACGUUAGGCUUUCGGUCAACGUCUUGCCAUAGUCUACAGUCCCAAAUACUUAUUAAGUUAACGAAGUAUGUGGGCAUUAGGCGAUCUCCUUUUCUCCCAAUCCAAAGCGACUACUCUCAACGAUUACCGUUCUUUAUCCAAAUGAAUAAUUUUGCCAUCAUGGAGUUAAGUUGGGCAAAUUCUGAAAAAAAUGAACAAAGUUGCGUUAAUGCAUGCAUACGCUCAGGGAGACUUAUCUGUCCCCCUCACAUGCUAUCCUUUCCGCUCGUUUUACUAGGUUGUGGUACCACCCGGAUGUCGGACAAAGGCCGAUCUCGUGAUAACUGAGGACGAGUAUGACGGACACUUCCGUGUGGAGACCAUCUUUGAGGGCAGCGUCAGUGUGCUUGUAAAGGACAAGAAGGACGGCUCUGUCCUCUGCCCAGUCAUCAUCAAUGAUCUCACCAAGGUUCUGACACCCCAGUAUGGAUUCCUGCCGGUGAAGGAGGUUCGUGGUGCCGUCUCCUACAUCAAUGAGGGCCGCUGCUUCUGCAGUUACGGGGUUGCCCAGCGGGUAGACCUCACGGAGUCGAGGAUUGCGGGCUGA